CAAAUCAAAAAAGUUUGAUGGGCGGAUUUUCCAAGGGGCGCAAAAUUUUAAAUGUAUGAGUAACCAGCUCAUGAUUUGCCAUGACAGCACUGGUUACCGCGAAUCGGCUGCUUGAUGAGAUGAUUUUGAGCUUUGGACGAAUGUUUACCACCGGGAAACAAGUGAAGCCAUCCAGGAGACAAACUUCGGGGCAACCAACGGCGAAUGAAAUUGUGAGCUCAUCUGGGACGGAUGCACCACCGGCAGCAACCGGUUCGAUGGAGGGAGAAGCUCGGAGUUAUCCAGAUCCGCACAGUCCCGGCGGUGGAGGGACAGUAAUUGAAGCUGAUAAGUUUCCACGAAGUUCUUCAUCCGAACUGCAGGACAAUAAAGCGGAAAGCAACGCUAACCGUGACGAUGCAAACGAUGAUAGUGAUGACGAUGAAGAAAAAAAGUGGAUAAAGUACUGGAAAAAUCGCGAACCGGGACAAUCAUCGGGUGUUGAAGGGGCGGACGCCGGCUACUGCGAAGCCGUGGCGGACACUUGUGGAUAAUUUUAAGGCCAAGGGGAGUCUGCGAUGGUCGGUCCAAAUAGAUAAGUGUUUGUGUGGCUCCAUAAUGGGACAAAGUUUUAUCGAGUGCAUAAUCGAGUGGUGAUUGAAUGCGAACAAAGCCGUUCGGAAAUGGACAGGAGAGAAGGAAAAGUUUUAUUGGAUGGGUUAUUGCUUUGUGAGAACGGAUAGUUGUUAGCUGCGGAUUGGAUUCAAUUAGCCAAGGGGAGGCGAGUGUUAUGCCAAUAAACGGCACGUGUGGAAUAUUCUAGAGGAGUGAGUUUUAAAAGUAAAUUUAUUAUGGAAGUUCUUGAGAUAUAAA